CUUCGCGAGGCAACCCGCCUGCGCGCGUUGACGCCACAAAGCCCCUGUGCCUCUCCCAGUACUGUGGCGCAAACCCGGCCUUUCCCCGAGGCGGCGCACCCGGCCCUGGCACCUGGCGCGGUGCAAAACUCCUUCCCUGAGCCAUGGAUGCGGUGGAACUUGCCAGAAGGUUGCAAGAGGAGGCCACAUGUUCCAUCUGCCUCGACUACUUCACUGAUCCUGUGAUGACCGCCUGUGGUCACAACUUCUGCCGAGAAUGCAUCCAGAUGAGCUGGGAGAAAGGCAAGGGCAAGAAAGGGAAGAAGAAGCAGAAGAGUUCCUUCCCCUGCCCCGAGUGCAGGGAGAUGUCCCCUCAGAGGAACCUGAGGCCCAACCGCCUCCUGACAAAGGUGGCCGAGAUGGCCCGCCAGCACCCCGGGCUGCAGAAGCGAGACCUGUGCCAGGCACACCAAGAGCCCCUUAAGCUGUUUUGCCAGGACGACAAGAGCCCCAUUUGUGUGGUCUGCAGGGAGGCCCAAGAACACCGGCUGCACCGGGUGCUGCCUGUGGAUGAGGCUGCCAGGGACUAUAAGGUGAAGCUGGAGGAAGACAUGAGGUAUUUUCGGGAGGAGAUGGUCAAGACAGAGUCACUACAAGCCAAGGAGGAACAGAGCUUAAUUGAGUGGCAGGAGAAAGUGAAAGAGCGGCGAGAACGUGUCCUGGAGGAGUUCCAGAAGGUGGUCCUGUUCCUAGUGGAGGAAGAGCGCAGGCUUCUCCUGGUCCUGAAGAAGGAGGAAGACGAUAUCUUAGGGAGGCUGCAGGACAGCAAAACCUCCCUGGACCACCAGAGCCGCUCCCUGGACCGGCUCCUGCUGCAGCUGGAGGAGCAGAGCCAGCAGGAGCCCCUGCAGAUGCUGCAGGACAUGAAGGACACCUUGACCAGGAAGGAGAGCCUCAGUUUGCAGUACCCAGAGGUGGUCCUCCCCGUGGCUAUCAAGACUGUGUGCAGAGUUCCAGGACAGAUAGAGGUGCUCAAAAGUUUCCAAGAGGACGUGGUGCCGGACCCCAACUCAGCGUACCCCUAUCUCCUCCUGUACGAGAGCCGCCAGAGGCGAUACCUGAGCCCACCACCAGAGGGCACCGCCCCCUACAGCAAGGACCGCUUCGUGGCCUACCCCUGCGCUGUGGGACAGAAGAGCUUCUCCUCUGGACGGCACUACUGGGAAGUGGGCAUGAAUCUCACCGGGGAUGCACUCUGGGCCUUGGGCGUGUGCAGGGACAACGUGAGCCGGAAGGACAGGGUGCUUAAGUCCCCGGAAAAUGGGUUCUGGGUAGUGCAGCUCUCCAAAGGGAAGAGGCACCUGUCCCUGCUCCCCGACUCCACUCAGGUCACACUCACGGAGCCCCCCACCCACAUGGGCAUCUUCCUGGACUUCCAGGCCGGGGAGGUGUCCUUCUACAGUGUGAACGACGGGUCCCACCUGCACAGCUUCUCCCAGGCUGCCUUCCCUGGGCCGCUGCUGCCGUUCUUCUGCCUGGGAGCCCCAAAGUCAGGCCAGAUGGUCAUCUCCACAGUGACCAUGUGGGUGAAGGGAUAGAGGCUUGCGGCCAGGCAGAGUAGUCACUGGGCGUGCCCUGGCUCCCCAGAAGGCAGGGCGCUUCACCACCGUGGCUACCUACCCAGGCUUUCUCUGGGGCGCUAAGAGCCAAUACCUGUGCUGGCAGGGCAACUUCCCGAAAUACAAUCACGAUUAAAAUGCUCAAAUACGAACCGA